UGAAAAACAUGGAGACUCUGAACCUGUCAUUCAAUCGGUUGGAAGGAGAGAUACCAAGUGGUGGCAUUUUCUCAAACAUUUCUAGGAAAUUAUGCACUAUGUGGAGCUCCCAGAUUCCAAGUGCCAAUGUGUUCGGACAGGAACGCCAAGCCACAGCACAAGAGAGCAAAUGUGAUUAGAGCUACUGUGUGUGCAAUAGGAGGCUUUACUCUUUUUCUUGUUGUUGGCUUACUGAUUGUGAUGGCAAUUCGUCGUAAAAGGAUGUCAAAAAGACAGGACUCUGUUCCAGAUUUGACGAGAGUUGAACAUCCGAUGAUCUCAUAUCGAGAAAUACUGCAAGCAACCGGCGACUUUACCGAUGCCAACUUGCUUGGAAGUGGAGGCUUUGGCUCAGUCUACAAAGCAAUCCUAUCAAAUGGAGAAACUGUCGCAGUCAAGGUUUUCAAUUUGUCAUUUGAAGGGGCAUCAAAAAGUUUUGACAUCGAGUGCAAUGUUAUGCGCCAAAUUAGACACAGGAAUCUUGUUAAGAUCAUUACUUCUUGCUGCACGGAAGAUUUCAGAGCUUUGGUUCUUCAGUACAUGCCGCAGGGGAGCUUGGAGAAUUGCCUGCAUUUGAGUACCCAUCAAUUGAGCCUUUUGCAAAGGCUGAAUAUUAUGAUCGAUGUCGCAUGUGCUCUGAAAUAUCUUCACUGUGGUUAUUCAGAGCCUAUAGUUCAUUGUGAUUUGAAGCCAAGUAAUGUACUUUUGGAUGGGGCCAUGACUGCAUAUGUUGGUGAUUUUGGCAUCGCAAGGAUGUUGCUUGGGAAGAAGACUUCAACUCUUACCACCACUCUUGGCUCCACUGGAUAUAUUGCACCAGAAUUUGGGUCGGCCGGAAAGGUGUCAACCAAAGCAGAUGUGUAUAGCUACGGGAUCUUGCUCUUGGAGAUGCUUACAAGAAAGAAGCCUACUGAUGCCAUGUUUGAUGGGGAUCGGAGCUUGAGGCAAUGGGUAGCGGAGGCGCAUCCAGAUGCCAUUCUUGAGGUCAUCGACAGUCAUCUGCAGGACAAAAGUGCCGCCAUCGGCCAUGAAAUUAGUGAGCAGCGAGAAAGUGAAAGAUGUGCCAUCAAAAACCAGCUCCUCGUGUCGAUUGCAGAGAUUGGUUUAUCGUGCUCAAUGGAGAAUCCGGCGGACAGAAUGGCCGUGGUGGAAGUAGUGGUCGCGCUGAAGAAGAUAAGAGAAAGGCUGCAAUUCUUGGAAACCAGUGCCACGUUAAUCACUUUAAUCAGAAAAUAAUAGAAACAUGAUCUCGUCUUUCAGUUGGAAAUGGGCGCGGACGUGAAGGCCAGGCUUCUUAUGAGAUGCAGAUUAUACAGUACUGAACCAGUGAUGUAUUGCUUUGUGAUUAAUCUAUCUUGAACUAUGUUGUCUGUUGCUGCUAAACAUGUGUCAGACCAUUCAGAGAGAGAGA